UUAGAAGCGGUAUCUUUCGAAAUCAAGUAUUGAAUAUCUCGAGUUUUACCGGUCCGAUUAUUCAAUUUCUAAUUUCAAACAUGGGUUCGUUUAAAUUUGUCCUGUUGUCAAAUAUUUUCUUGAUUAGUUGGAUUUCAGCAAAUCCGCUUAAUGUUUCGCGACCACAUCCAAUUCGGCCAAGCGAUCGAAUUGUCGGCGGUUUCGAAACCAAUAUUGAGGAAAAUCCAUGGCAAAUAUCUCUACGAUACUACACAUCACAUCGCUGUGGUGGAUCAAUUAUCGGAAACCGUUGGGUGCUCACUGCAGCGCAUUGUACUGAUGGAACAUCCGUGAAGAAUUUAUCUGUUCGAGUUGGUUCGUCUUAUCAACUGAUCGGUGGCCAGAUUAUAGGUGUGAAACGAGUGAUUCAAAACCAAAAAUACAAUAGCGGUACGAUGGACUUUGAUGUCUCCCUUCUGGAAUUAGCCGAAGCAGUGACAUUCACACAAGAAGUGCAAUCCGUUGAGUUGGCUGAGUUCAAUGCAAAAAUUGCUGAUGGAACGAAAUGCCUGAUUUCCGGCUGGGGAGCCACACAAAAUGCUAGUGAAUCGAAUGAAAUUUUACGGGCUGCUAUAGUUCCUAUUGUCAAUCAAUUUCGUUGUAACAGACAAUACCAAGGAGGAAUAACUCUUCGAAUGAUUUGCGCUGGUUACCAAGAAGGCGGUAAAGAUUCAUGCCAAGGUGAUUCCGGUGGACCAAUGACUUAUGAACAUGAUGGUGUUACCAAACUAUUGGGUGUCGUUUCAUUUGGGGCUGGAUGUGCCCAGAAAAACUACCCGGGUGUCUAUGCUCGUGUAUCAGCACCGUUAAUUCGUUCAUGGAUUAAAACUCAAACUGGCAUUUGAAAUUGCGUUGAUUAUUGAAAGAAAUGGAAAUAAAAUGAUUGAAUGAA